ACAGAAGCCACCCACCACCUCCCAAAAUGUGCAGACAAGUCCAAACUUGCUUAACUGUUGGACUCCUCAGAUCACAACUCCAUUUUCUAUCCCAAGCACCGCAGUUCCUCACUCCCGUGAUCCCAGUCAACGACCACGGCCACGCGCCAUGGGCAGCCGAACGUCCAACAACUCGAGCUCCUCCACCGGCACCGGUUCCGGGUCGCCGUCAGUAUCGUCUCCGUCAGUAUCCGACCCAGGCACCAUAACCGCCGCCCUCCGCGCCCUAAUGCCUUCCCACCCCGUCUGCGCCGACGCCCUCGCCCUCGCCCGCUCCCGCCUCCCCGCCACGCUCCUCUACCACAGCUUCCGCGUCUACAUGUACGCCCAAGCGUUGAUGCGCAUCACCCCCCUAAACGACCCAGCCGACGGCCCUUCUUUGCUGCCCAGCUUCCCAGGGAUAGCCCUCAUCAGUCCCGCCUUGGGGGAAUACGCCACCAUCGCUCCGCCGCACGUCUUGUUCGUCGCUUGUAUCCUGCACGCCAUAGGCGUAGCCCGCGAGUACGAUACCAUGCCCGAGCGGUUCGAGAUCAUCGGGGCGGACGUAGCCGCUCGUUUGCUACGCAGUCACAACAUCCCGACGCUGGCGGUCCGCGAGGCUUGGUUGGCCAUUAGUCUGCAUACCAACCCGACUAUUGCGGAGCGUAUGAGUGGUGCGGUGCGUGCUCUGCGGUUUGCUAAGCGGGCGGAUUUUGGGUUUUGUACUGUCCCGCCUGUGGAUAGCCUGCCGGGAGGAGCUACUUCGGUGAAUCUGCUGAGGUGGCAGCUGCCGAGGUUGGAGAUUAAGAAGCAGCUUGGUGAUGCUAUUGUGCGACAGGCGCUGAAGGAAGCGCAGAAGGCACCCAGGGGGUCUUGGGCGGCGGAGCUGGUUAGGGGGAAGGAGGGGCAUCCGGAUUGGGAGGGGAUAAAUAUGAACUUCAAUAUGUUCUAGGUCUUCUAGGAGCUGUGGGGGUUUGGGGCGGCAGAGCUGGUAUGUGUAAAGGAGGGGCAUCCGGAUUGAGAGGGAAUUAAUAGGAAUUUGGACUUGUUUUAGGGCCAGAAACUCGUGGGGGCCAGGCGUAAGGAGGAGAUUUUUUGCAUCUGCGAUGUUGCUUGUUCCCGUCUGGGUAGGAUCGUUGAUGGCUGGAUUGCCCGCAAUGCCUUUCUUGAAUGAGACGGUUCAACUGCACCACCUUUGUUGUCAUAUCGUGACGGCUGUUGUUGGUUACUUGGUUAAUAUGAAGGAACGC